UUGACGAUGAUGAUCAUGUGAACUUCUGGCCUUUAAUCCAUCAGUGUAGGGACAUCACGGAGAUGAAGGAGCAGAUUCCAUGAUGAAUGGAUUUGUGUUUUUUCAUUGGUUCAUUAAAAAGAGGUCGUCAAUAUUCAACAGACUGUCUAUUUUUGCAUCCAAUUUGUCCACUUGAGGGUGAUAGGGACUGGAGCAGCACCGAGUAUAAAAUUGGAUGUGACAUUAGCGGAUCACCUGACACAUUCACACUUAAAAACACUUAAGCUGUGCAAGCUUGAGGUGUGGGAGGAAAACUGGAGACCCCAGAACAAAAUGCAGUCAGACACAGGCAUCAAAUGUCAGACUGGAUUUGAACCUAGUCUCUUAGAGUGAUGGACAUUGCUGCAAACCGCAGCAUGACCCUCAAUCUACUUUAUAAUAAAACACUAAGGUCUGUGUAACCAGUCCCUCAGAGCAAUCGGAUUGGUUUAGUUUGGCUUUGCUGUGAUUGGUCGGUUUGACUUUGGUGAUGUGACAUAAGAGGAAGUACGAGUGUGAGACUCUCAAGGAGGAAUAAAGGUGUAGGACAUGUGCUGAGAGAGUCGCCUUCAAAAAUGGAAAGUAUAAACCUGGACAAGAAACAUGGAAGGUGCCUUCGGAAACAAUGACAGAGUCUGAGAUGCAGGCUUUAUGGGAAUGCACUCAAGAGACAGAGUGUCGGUGAAGAGAGGCUCACACAGAGGAAAGGGCAAUAGAUAGCAAAUAGUUUAAAAUGACUCUAUUAUCUUUCUUUGACAGGUAUCAUGGCUAGUAUAAUAUAAUAAUCCCAAUCUUGCAUAAUCAAACACAGUUGUGGUGGUCAGGGAUUAUUGUGACAGUACCGGUCGCAGACACGCUGAAUGUGUUGACUAAAACUAAUAUGGCAGAUAGAAGAAGGCUGAUGAUCUUCAAGAAUGUGCAAAUGGGCCAUCGCCAUGCAAGGUUUUAGUCCAUCAGUAAAUCACAGUGACGAUCUGAUGGAACAGAAAAUGGGGUGUUUAGCCACUGAGUCCUCAUACUAGUGCCCCGGCGCUCUUGUGAUACUCCAGCAGCUCAACCGAGCAUUGAUCCUAUGGUUGUAGCCCUGCCACCAUCUGUUUGGAUUUACCCAUUUGCCUUCUGAUUUUCUGUACAACAAAAUUGAUUUAUAGAUAUUAGGCUGCACAAUAACUUCCAAUUGUCAAAUCAGGGUAUGCAGGUUAAUGCAUAUUUGUGUGUGUGUGAGUGUGCAUGAAUGAAUGCGACUUGUAAUGGACUGUCCUCCAGUCCAGUGCUUGAUCCCAUCUUGAACCUAUUGCUUGUUGUUUCCUUAACAUCAUCAUAAUCUUCUUCUCCCUCUUGCUUAAUCACUUGUAACAGACUGAAUGGAUCUGUGCCCCAUCAAGUCCCACACUGGCCCUUCCUGUUCCUUUCUAAUUACUUUCUCUUUCUUCACACAGAAUGUUACAGGGACAGACGUCACACCAAGGAACCAUAGAAGGCCCAACACACUGAAUGCUCUACCUCCUCAGUACAGCAGUAAUGGCCACGCUGGACCACUGCAGCAGGGAUCCUUGCUCUACGCCAUCAUUGAUGCUGUCCCCAUCAGGCGAUGGAAGGAGUUUAUGCGCACACUGCCACUACCAGACCACGAAAUCGAACGGGCAGAGAUGGAGGCAGGGACCAGCUUUCGUGACCAGCAGUACGAAAUGCUCAAGUGUUGGUUUCAGAAGAGUGAGGCUCACAUUUCCAAUGUCUACAAGGCACUGGAGAACAUGGACCUUCCCAGCAGUGCUGAAUGUCUGCAGGAGAAAGUGGAGCAGCACUGGCCUGACCUGGACAGUACCCGGUGCCCUGUGGUCUAGCCUCUGGCCAGGGUUCUUAUUGUCAGCUACGUUUUGCUGAAUUAAUAGCUGUGUCCACAGCUUUGUAGACAUUUCAUGUCAGAGUCCAGUUGGAAUUGUAUUCAGAGAAUUUCUGAGCUGAUUUUUUUUAUAAGCAGAUGACUACAGAUGGUUAAAUUGAAUAAAAGUCAAAAGAUACA